AUUCCACGGCGAAGGCUAUCGAGAAGGCUAUGAGGAAGGUAGCACUUUGGGCAGAAUUGAAGGAAGGCAGUAUGGCACCGUUCAUGGGGCCAGAGUGGGUUCAGAGAUCGGGUGCUACCAAGGCUUUGCUCUGGCAUGGAAAUGUCUCUUGCACAGUGGUGGUACUGAGAGAGACAGGAAGGUGAAGGUGGCGGAGGCUUUGAUUGGGAUGAUCGAGAACUUUCCCUACGAGGACGCCACGUACGAUCAGCUGCACCAGGACUUGGACAGCAUUCGGGGAAAGUUUAAGCAGCUUUGCUCGUUACUCAAUGUUCAGCCUGACUUUAAAAUCACCGCAGAAGGUUCUGGACUUUCAUUUUGAGAAUGACAGAUGAGCAGAAAAGAAACCUCGAGGGACAGAUGUCUGUGUGUGGGGCGCUCGCAGACGUGAUUAAAGGCGAACAAUGAGGGCGCCCAUUGUUUGGGGCGAGGGUCCGGCUUGGCCUCCUUCCCGAGCUUUGUGCCCGGGUCGCCCCGCCUCCUCCCGCCGCCCCCUCCAGGCUGCUGGGGAGCGGCCCGCGUCGGGGCCCGGCCCCGGCGAGGUGGGAUGGGGUGAGGUCGGGCCCUGGCGGUCAGGACAGGCGUGGGGUGUCCCGCGUCCGGGGCUCGAGGCGCCCCGUGACCGCGUCCACCCGUGCGCUGGGCCCCGCCGGUGCUCCGGGUUCCCGCUGCGGGGUUGCCCAGCUCCGGGGCGCGGGGAGGGCGUCCCGCAGAGAGCGAGGAGCACAGCCUUCGGGGCAUCCGGCAAGCCCCUCACGCCGCCCCGGACUCGGCCCGCGAGCGCGGGUGUCGUGCGGAGCCCCUUGGUGGAGUCGCGCUGAGCAGAGGGCGUCUGCGGGCAGCAUCCUGGGCGUCCCCGAGGCCCCACGCCUCCCUGUGCCCACAGCGUCCCGGGAGAGCCUGCCGCUGGGCCGUGCGGCGGCGUGGCGAGGCCCCUGCGGGAGGAGGGGGGCCCCCCUCCCCUCCCCGGCCCACCUUGCCAGCCAGGGGCGCGCGGGGUGCCGGCCACUGCCGCGCCGUCCCCAGAGCUGCUCCCCGGAGGCCCGGCCCGGGCUCUGGGCGCCCGUCGGGGCCUGGGCUGUCGCUCGGGGCCUGGGCUGUCGCUCCGGGCACUCCGUGUGCUGUCACCGGCUUGCGUGGUGGGGUAUUUUCCUAAUUGG